AUGAUAGUUAUUUUCUCAGAUUGUGCAUUACAAUGUACACCAGAUAUAUGUGGUGAUCAUGGUGAUUGUGAAAUAAUUAAUGGGACACAUAUCGUAUGCUCAUGCCGUGAUUAUUAUGAUGGAAUAAAUUGUGAAAUUUUUAAACCAAUUGAACAUGCGGCAAAAUUUGAUGGAAAAGCAUUUAUUGUAUUUUCCAUUGAUGAUUUUCCACAUUUAACUUCGGAACAUGAAGAAAAUUUAAGUUUACGAUUCAAAACAUCCGCAUCAUCUGGGUUAAUUUUUUGGCAAGGUCAAUCAUUCGAUGUACCAUUAAAGGGCGAUGAUUAUAUGUCGAUUGGUUUAAGUGAUGGUCAUUUGGUCUUCUCAUAUGAGCUUGGUGGUGGUGCAUCACAAUUAAUUAGUACUGAAGUGGUAAAUGAUGAUAAUGAGCAUCAAUUGCAAAUUUGGCGCAAAGGUCGUGAUGGAAAAAUGAUUAUCGAUGAUGGUGCACCAAUUACAGGCUCAUCAUUUGGCAUUGUUGCUAUGCUUAAUGUUGAUAGCGAUAUUUAUAUAGGUUAA